AUGUCCAAGCCCGCGAGCGCCAACGGAAGCGAGUCCGAUUUUGAGUUCGUCGAAACCCCGAGAGCUCCCACUCCUGCCUUCGAGAAGUCAGAGGACUGUGGAGUGAGGACCACUUCAUACCCUUCUAUCAAAAAUGCCCCUCUUCCGGCCGAUGCCGCGAGCAGCGACAGCUUCUCGACCAUCGCGCUGAUUACCGCCGUUGCCGGCGUGCCGCUAUGGCUUUCUUGGAAGAUCGGGGGUGGCAUAAAAACUGCCAUAUUCUUCAGUCUCUUCACAUUCGUCCCGAUUCUCUCUGGGUUCUGGAUCACAGCCUCCGCCCUUGCCCCCCGCAAGAAUGAGAAGGCCAAGUAUCCAGGCCGUCCUAUCGAGCACUAUCUCACUUUCAAGAAUCAGUCGGACCGCCUCAAGUACCAAGGCAAAACCAAGAUCCCUCUCGAAACCUUUAGUGAGAUGUAUUUUGAUAAUGAGGUUGAUUUUAACGGCGAUUGCCUCGAGGUAAUGGAGUACCGACAUGACUGGGCCAGCUUCCGCUUCACUUGGAGUCUCUGCAAGUUCUUCAUCUUCCAGAUGAUUCCUGAGGUUAUUAUGCACUCUCGAUCUCAAGACGAGGAGCAGGUUCGCGACCAUUACGACCGCGGUGACGAUUUCUACGGCUGGUUCCUAGGCCCUCGCAUGAUCUACACAUCUGGCAUUAUCAGCGACAUCGAAAAGGAGGAAACUCUGGAGGAACUUCAAGAUAAUAAGCUGGCCAUUGUAUGCGAAAAGCUAGAGCUUCAAAAGGGGGAGUCCCUCCUUGACAUUGGUUGCGGCUGGGGAACGCUUGCACGCUUUGCCAGUGUGAACUUUGAUGCCCGGGCUACUGGAAUUACUUUGGGUCGAAAUCAAACUGCUUGGGGCAAUAAGGCGCUUCGUGACGUUGGUAUCUCCAAAGAACAGAGCAACAUUCUUUGCAUGGAUUACCGUGAUAUCCCCGUUCCGGAGGGCGGCUACAAUAAAAUCUCGUGCUUGGAGAUGGCUGAGCACGUCGGCGUACGAAAGUUUAAAACGUUUCUGAAGCAGGUCUACGACAUGCUUGACGACGAUGGCGCUUUCUUUCUUCAGAUUGCAGGUCUUCGUAAGCCCUGGCAGUACGAAGACCUCGUUUGGGGUCUCUUUAUGAACAAGUACAUCUUCCCCGGCGCCGAUGCCUCGACGCCUCUUGGAUUUUUCGUCGAUUCGCUCGAAGCUGCCGGCUUUGAGAUCAAAGGAAUCGAUACCGUUGGUGUUCACUACUCGGCCACCCUAUGGAGAUGGUACAGGAAUUGGCUGGCCAACAAGGACAAAGUCAUUGCCAAGUACGGAAACCGCUGGUACCGCAUCUGGGAAUACUUUCUCGCCUAUUCCACCAUCAUCUCUCGCCAGGGUAGCGCUACUUGCUACCAAAUUGUGCUGGUCAAGAAUAUCAACUCGACCCAUCGCGUUGAGGGUAUCAAAUCCCAGUAUGGUUUGAGCGGAGCUCUUGCAGCAGCAAAGUCCAAGCUUGACUUGACAUCGUGGGCUAAGCAGAAUGCUGACCUGUUCCCUACCAGCACCGCUCUGUAG